CCCGGGGGGAAGAUGCGGCCUGCGGCGCCCGCCGCCUCUCCCCCGGCCUCAUGGCGGGCCCGGGGCCACUGAGGAGGAAGGUCCCGGCCGCCGGACUGCGGGGCAGCGGGCACCAGUGAAAUCCCAUUCUCUGGCUGGAGACACAGAUGGCCUCAAAUGAGAGAGAUGCUAUAUCGUGGUACCAAAAGAAGAUUGGAGCAUAUGAUCAGCAGAUAUGGGAAAAGUCAAUCGAACAGACUCAGAUUAAGGCUAAGAAAGCUGUCUCUUCAUCUACAAUGGGCUUCAAAAACAAACCAAAAAAGAUGGGUCACAUAAAACCAGACUUGAUUGAUGUGGACUUAAUCAGAGGCUCAACAUUUGCCAAAGCCAAACCUGAAAUUCCAUGGACAUCUCUGACUCGAAAGGGGCUUGUUCGAGUUGUCUUUUUCCCGUUGUUCAGCAAUUGGUGGAUUCAGGUUACCUCUUUAAGAAUCUUUGUUUGGCUGCUACUGCUUUACCUCAUGCAAGGCCUUUUCAAUCUUUUCUUCUGUGUGACCUUUGAAUAUUGGAUUACCUCAAUUGAUCCUGGAUUCUCUUCUCUAGUUAUAGCACUCGUGUUAUAUUUUAUGAUGCCUAUUGUGAAUGUAAGCGAAGUACUUGGACCCUUGUGCCUUAUGUUACUCAUGGGAACUGUCCACUGUCAAAUUGUGUCUACUCAGAUAACAAGGCCAUCGGGAAACAAUGGAAAUCGGAGAAGAAGAAAAUUACGAAAAACUGUAAAUGGUGACGGGAGCCGAGAAAAUGGAAGUAACUCCUCUGAUAAAGUCAGAGGAGUAGAAACUUUGGAAUCUAUACCCUUUAUUGGUGGAUUUUGGGACAGUCUCUUUGGCAACAGGAUUAAAAGAGUGAAAUUAAUAUGUAACAAAGGAACUGAAACUGAUAAUGACCCAAGUUGUCUGCAUCCUAUCAUUAAGAAGAGACAAUGUCGACCAGAGAUUAGAAUGUGGCAAACAAAAGAGAAAGCAAAAUUUUCAGAUGGAGAAAAGUGCCAUAGGGAGGCUUUUAGGCAUCUGGGUAAUGGGAUUUCAGAUGACCUGUCAAGCGAGGAGGACGGUGAAGCCCGGACACAGAUGAUGAUGUUGCGCAGGAGUGUGGAAGGGGCCUCAAGUGACAACGGCUGUGAAGUUAAGAAUAGAAAGUCAAUACUUUCUAGGCACCUAAACACUCAGGUAAAGAAAACCACCACCAAGUGGUGUCACAUUGCACGGGAUUCAGAUAGUCUGGCUGAAUCAGAGUUUGAAUCGGCAGCUUUCAGUCAGGGCUCUAGGUCUGGCAUGAGUGGUGGCUCUCGAAGCCUGACCAUGUCUAGAAGAGACUCAGAAAGCACCCGCCAUGACUCAGAGACCGAGGAUAUGCUAUGGGACGACCUGCUGCAUGGCCCAGAGUGCCGGUCAUCUGUCACCAGUGACAGUGAGGGGGCCCAUGUGAACACCCUCCAUUCAGGGACCAAACGUGAUCCCAAAGAAGAUGUUUUUCAGCAGAACCACUUAUUCUGGCUUCAGAACUCAAGUCCUGCCUCUGAUCGAGUUAGUGCAAUAAUCUGGGAAGGGAAUGAGUGCAAAAAGAUGGAUAUGUCUGUGUUGGAAAUAAGUGGCAUCAUCAUGAGCAGGGUUAAUGCGUAUCAGCAAGGAGUAGGUUAUCAGAUGCUGGGAAAUGUCGUCACCAUUGGAUUAGCAUUUUUCCCUUUUUUACAUCGACUUUUCCGUGAGAAGAGUUUUGACCAGCUAAAGUCUAUUUCAGCUGAGGAGAUCAUGACUCUCUUUUGUGGGGCACCACCUGUUACACCUAUUAUUAUUUUGUCUAUGAUUAAUUUUUUUGAACGAUUGUGUCUUACUUGGAUUUUUUUUUUCAUGAUGUGUGUGGCGGAAAGAACAUAUAAACAGAGAUUUUUAUUUGCAAAACUCUUCAGCCAUAUUACUUCUGCCAGGAAGGCUAGGAAAUAUGAAAUACCUCAUUUCAGACUUAAAAAGGUGGAGAACAUUAAGAUAUGGUUAUCACUGCGCUCCUUUCUCAAGAGACGGGGUCCACAGCGCUCAGUUGAUGUCGUCGUAUCUUCAGUCUUCUUACUGACACUUUCCAUUGCUUUCAUUUGUUGUGCCCAGGUUCUGCAAGGGCAUAAAACUUUCCUGAAUGAUGCUUAUAAUUGGGAGUUUUUGAUCUGGGAAACAGCUUUACUACUUUUCUUACUGCGUCUGGCCUCAUUGGGGUCUGAAACCAAUAAGAAAUACAGCAAUGUUUCAAUAUUACUUACGGAACAGAUUAAUUUAUAUCUUAAGAUGGAAAAAAAGCCUAAUAAGAAAGAACAGCUCACUCUAGUAAAUAAUGUAUUAAAGCUGUCCACCAAGUUAUUGAAAGAGCUGGACACACCGUUUAGACUCUAUGGACUGACAAUGAAUCCCUUAAUCUACAAUAUCACACGAGUAGUUAUCCUUUCUGCUGUCUCAGGUGUUAUAAGUGAUCUUCUAGGAUUUAAUAUAAGACUGUGGAAAAUUAAGUCAUAAGCUGAGUCAUGUGCCUGGACUCUCCCCUUGUUGGCACCGGUACUUACCCAUUAAGGAAGGAGACGGCUGCAGAAACCCUGAGAUACCUACCUGCUUGUUCACACACAGAGGUGCCCUCAGCUCUGCCUAGUCUUAUGAAUGGUGUUUUCAGAGGAACAAAUCCUUUUCCAACUGGGCAUGCAUGCCAAAAACUGUGUUUUCAUGGUUUUCAAACAAUAUGAAUAGUCAGGAGACUAUUGUGUGUUAUGGUAACAUAAGGGCAACUUUCUAAGCUAGGAAAUUGAUUUUGGGCAUUUCAGUGCUGUGACAUAUUUACUACCAGUAGUCUUUUGGGUUACUAAUGGUAGAUGCCCAAAGCAUGAAGAAACUAUCCUCUAUUGGAAGUGGCAAAUUCAGUACUUUUUAUUAAGUCUAUACAAUUGGAGAUUUCUUUUCUCUAACAAAGAUCAAAUUUAAACUAUUUUAGGUUGAACCCAAAUAAAAUAACUUUAUUGGAGAA